AUGAAGAUGGGCAACGGCAGCCUCCCUGAACUCCCCCCAGAACUGUACGAACACAUCAUCGCUUUCCUAGACGACCGACGUGAUCUGCUCCGAAUCUGCUUAACAAACUCCAUCUUGCAUGAUCUCGCCGCUCGGUACCUCUAUCGCCGUCUGAGAAUACAAGACUUCCGGAGGGCGGUCGCUGCCUGCAUCCUCCUAGUCAAGAGACCGCACAUCGCGGCGUACGUGACGCAGCUCGAAGCAGACUUUGGCGAAGUCCCCGACUGGAUCGUCCAUCAAUGGCCUAAGCCGAGGAUCUUCCUCAACACCUUCGCACCCGCUUAUUGCCGCAUCAUGUUCCGCGCGUUUGGGUCAAUGAACCAGCUCGAACAUCUGACAUUUAAAAACACUUCGCCGUUGGGCAGGCUGCCUAUGACGAACCUGGCCAACUGCACCUUCCGGGUCCGGUCGCUCACUCUUCCAACGUCAACAUUCGAGCAUGUGAUACUGCAGAGUCAGCCCCUCAUCGAAGAUCUGGAAGUCCUAGACGGACCAAGCUUCUCCAUCCUUGCAUUACGUCGAACAGCAAUCCCACAUCUUAAACGCUUGGCAGCGUUCCAGAUAGAUGCCAAGUAUCUUAUACCUGGUCGGCCUGUGGUCGAGUUCCGCCGGCUCGAUACCCUGCUGGAAGAACACGUGCCGGAUUGUCUAAACACUCUUUCGCAGUCGACCGGUCCGCUCAAGAGGGUCAGGUUGCUGAUGAUGAAGAUCGACGGCCUGUUCUUCGUCCGAGCUGCCGCUGCCAUUCCGGAUAUCGUCGAUCUCGUCAUUCACGGUAUGGGGAACGUGGAGCACACGGUUUCAGAAGAACUGCAAACUUUCGAGGUCGUCCACGCGUUCCGUGGUUUCCGCUCGCUCAAGAAUAUAGAGAUCCAUUCCUACUACGACGGCUCGGCAGAGUACUACUUCCCGCCCAUACACGUUCUGGGCCGAGCCUGUAGCACGCUCGAAACUUUCACGAUAGUCGAUGAGCUGCGGGGGAACUCGGACCGCUCGCGCCUGCCUGCUUACCAGCUGCAUCGAGAACUUGGAAAGAUACUCCAGGAGGGGGAACUGGAGUGGAUACCGAGGAAUGGGAUUGUAAGGACGCCGCCGUCGGUGCCUGGAAGGCAAGUGACACUUGUCGAAUGGAUUGGAUGA